AUGGAUGAUACAAAUAAAGGCGGGGGUCUGUCGCUUGACAUCUCUGAUGAUGAGUCAAUAAAGUCUCCCUCAUUUGAAAAGCUUGAUAGCUCUGAGGAAAUGGAUACCCUCGAAGAGCACCUUGAUCAAACCACCAGCAAGAACACUGGAGCCUAUCCAAAAGUGAAAUCUCUACCACAGCCCCCUUCUCCUCCAUCGCCGCUUUGUCCACCAUCGCCGCCUUGUCCUUAUGUGCCCCCUACUCCACUCCUUCCCCCGAAAAUAUCAGCGACCCCCCGCCACAAGGCUUACCCUGAUGACUCGAAAGAUACGUCGCAAUCAACAACCCAAUCAAAUAAAUCUAACCAAACUACAUAUCGAGACAAGAAGUCACAAAAACGUUAUACAGAGAAGCAGUUACAAGAAUUAUUGCCCAAAAUUAAAAAUGGGUCCUUGUCCAUGUACCAUGUGACGAAAUACUACGGCAUACCACGUUCAACGCUACAGUUUCGGCUUAGCAAUAAAUGCAAACAACAUGGAAAAAGUGGAAGAUUGCCUGUCCUACUUCCAGAUGAGGAGCAAAAAAUAUGCAAAUGGCUGAACGAAAUGGAAAGAAAGGGAUUUCCGAUUACACGACAAAGAUUACAGCUCAAAAUAGCUAGUUACAUUAAGUGCAAUCCCAGAUCUACUCCGUUCAAAGGAAAUGUACCUGGUCGACACUGGAUUGAUGCAUUUUUGCGCCGUCAUCCUCAAUUUUCAAUGCGAACACCUGAAGCCGUCACCGUUGCGAGCGCUAGAGUUUCUGAGGAUGAUAUAAGACGCUGGUUUGAUACCAUCCACAAAUAUUUGGAAAGCCAUGAUCUAGUAGACAUACUCAAGGACCCUUCAAGAAUUUUGAACGGAGAUGAGUCCGGCUUUUCCAUUCAACCUAGCAGCAAGCGGGUAAUUGCCACUAAAGGGAAAAAAAAUAUACCUAUUAUUGAACCAGGGAACGCAAAACAGAACGUAACGGUGAUGUACACAUUUGCUGCAGAUGGAACAGUCAUUCCUCCUCAUGUUAUACUACCUUACAAACGAUUGAGCAAGGAUCUAAUUCAGAGCUUCCCUGGAGAUUGGGGUAUAGGAACCAGCGCAUCCGGGUGGAUGGACACCCUUAAUUUCGUGGAGUACAUUAAAAAGGUUCUCUAUCCCACUUUAUUGCGGAAUAGAACGAUAUUUCCAGUUCUUUACUUUGUUGACGGCCACAAGUCGCAUACCACAUUCGAAGCAGCUGAGGUUUGUGAGAAACUUGGAAUUAUUCUCGUAGCGCUGUGCCCAAACACUACAAGAAUAUUACAGCCAGCUGAUGUAGCUGUAUUCCGGCCUCUUAAGAACUCGUGGGCUCGUGUGAUCGAUGAAAUGAAAUCCGAAAAUCCAACGGAAACAGUAACGAUGCUCAAUUUUGGAAAGCUUUUGCAGAAGGCCAACACAAUUGCUUUGAAACAAUCUACCAUUGCAAAUGGGUUCCGAACAUGUGGGCUCUUCCCAUUCAAUCCAAACGUUGUAGACUACAGUAAAUGUUUGGCGAGAAAACAUGUUCCAGUUGAAGCUGAAGGGAGUCAAAAUCAGGCUACCUCCGUAGUGAAUAUUCCUCUACCUGUUAUUGAAGAAGCGAAGAUCCUCAUCGGACAAGAAAAAAUUCAGUUCCUUUGUUCAAUUCCGUUUGAAUACAUGUCGCAGGCCGAUAGAGCUUUGUAUUACAUUCUAAAAAACAUUCUUUCAUUGGGAGAGUCAACACAGGUUGCCGAAAAUCAACCUGAAGCCGAUAUGCCUAGGCCAGCAAACAUACAAGGAGUUACUAUUAUCAGAAGUGUGCAGGAUCAUUCAACACUAAGCGAGGAUGAUGUUUCAGAGAAUGUAAUAGAGUUGUACACUGGCGAUGAUUCGCAUUACACCGAGAGCUUUGGAGCAGAUGUUAUGAUGGAUACUGAAAAGGAGAAUCCGGCGUUUUUGGAGGAAAAUAUGUCAAAUACAUAUUCCCCCGUCCUGCUUGCACCAAGCUCACCUACAAUCGCUUGUGAGACCAUAAGAGCGUCAGAGAGAUUAAUAGAUCUACAAAUAUUGGAAAGCGAGAAAAAGAAAGCUGAAGAAUUAAAAAAGGAGAAAGCUGAAGCCAGAGCCAAAAUCAAACUCGAGAAGGAUGAAGCGAAGAAAAUUAAAGCAGCAGAACGCGAAAAGCGAACCAAAGCUAAAAACGAACUGAAAAAGAAAUCAGUUGAAGACAAAGAAAAUCGCUUGAAUCAAAAAAAGAAGAAAUGA